AAUAAGAAAAACCUAACUUCAUUUACAUAAUAUCUAAUUUUAUCCUUAUACGAUUAUGGCAUUUGCCGUCAAUCGAAAUUAGUAUAUGAAGUUAUACAGUCUUUGAAGUGUGGUUUUGGAUUAUUCUCAGAUCGAACGAGAAUGACUUUAAGAACAUAUGCAUAUAUUAGGAAACAGGUUUCUACCAUAUGUAGCUGUCAACUGUUAAAACACACAACAGCACUAUUAUCCGGAAACAGUAAAUACAAGAUGCAAUAUGUUUUUCUAUCUUUACAAAUAGCUUGUACAAGAUGUGCAAUCAUGGCUUCUCUACAGGAUUUGUCGACCGUUGGUACAAUCAAUGUAGUCGCUAAGAAAAUUAACUUAAUACCAUUAAAGAUGGAGCAAUGGCUUUACAAUAAUUUAACUGAUGUUUCCGCCGAAUUUAAGGUUUAUAGUACUGAAACCCUUAAAUUAUCAAAAAAAAUUUUCUUGACUUUUGCUGAGAUGUACUCGUAUGAGUUUUUGCUCCUCAGUAGGAAUUUCGACAAAUAGCUUUUCAUUCUAUGAAAAAGUCGCUUAUAGUUUAAGAGAAUGUGUUUAAAUAAAAUACCCGUAUUAUAUAACCUUAAUAAAA